AUGCGGUUCUCGACGGUUCUUCUGGGCUUCGUUGCUUCUGUCAACGCCCUCUCGGGCAUCACUCCUGAUAGCUUCCAGUUUAGGACAAAGCAGCCGUCCACGCUUACGGUCUUUAAACAUGCCGCCACAGACUCGGAGCUCGAAUAUGUUUCCAAUUCGGGAAUCUGCGAGACGACGCCUGGUGUAGACCAACACUCGGGAUACCUCUCGGUUGGUAAGAAUCAUAGCAUGUGGUUUUGGUUCUUCGAGGCUCGCAACGAUCCCAACAAUGCGCCUCUUGUCCUCUGGCUCAACGGCGGCCCCGGAUGUUCUUCCAUGGUCGGCCUCUUCCAGGACCACGGCCCCUGCCACUUUGUCAACAACCAGACAGAGCCAUCGCUAAACCCUCAUUCAUGGAACGAGUACGCCAACAUGCUAUACAUCGACCAGCCUAUCGGCACCGGCUUUAGCGUUGGGGAUCUGGAUGUUAACUCAACCAUCACCGCGGCCCCUUACAUCUGGAAGUUUAUGCAGGUCUUCCUAGACAGGUUCCCCAAAUAUCAGUCCCGGGAGUUUGGAUUGUUUUCUCAAUCCUACGGCGGUCAUUAUGGCCCCGAGUUUGCAGAUUACUUUCUCAAGCAAAACGACGCUAUCGACGCCGGCACUGUCGAGGGCCAUAAGCUCGACAUGGUGGCGCUGGGCAUCAACAACGGCUGGAUCGACCCCAAGAUGCAGUUCAAGUCGUACGCCACGUACGCACACAGGAACAAGUACAAGCAGAUCCUCAACGACGAGCUCAUAGGCCGCUUCCUGGAUGCUUACGACGACUACUGUCUUCCCGCGUACGAGAACUGCACCAAGGCCGAGGGACAGGAUGAGGGAUGCGCGAGGGCGGAUUAUGUCUGCAAUGAGCAGAUGUAUGUCAACCUCAACAUUGCGAGCAGGGUUGACUUUAAUGUCUAUGAUGUUCGUAUUGGGAGGGAUGAUGUUGAUCCACCAGAGACGUUUGUUGACUACAUCACGAGGGCGGACGUCAUGGAGGCUAUUGGCGCGAGGACGCGGUUUGCAGAGUGCAGUGACGAAGUGUACGCAAACAUGGAGACUACAGGAGAUGGUGCACGCUCGUUUCUCGGGCCGCUAGCAGAUGUUGUGAAGCGUGGCAUCAACACUCUUAUCUGGGCCGGUGACACAGAUUGGAUCUGUAACUGGGAGGGUAACCUCUGGGCAGCAGACGCCCUCGAGUGGCCCGGCCAGGCCAAGUUUGCAGCGACGGCGCUGCGUAAUUACACCGUCAAUGGCAAGGUUCACGGGAGAUACAAGGUCGUUGAUAACCUGGCUUUCCUAAAAGUGUUUGAAGCUGGCCACUCGGUGCCUUAUUAUCGUGAGUUCAUGUUAUUGGAUCUGAUGAGUUGUGGUGGACUAACUUGA